CAGCCAGUUCAACGGAGUUGAAACAAAUCUAAAAAUUCCUUUUCUUCCUCUCCGUGAGGCAAGGCUUUGGCUGACUUUCUAUGGAGUAUGCCAGGUACUAAUAUCAACAGAUUGCUCAAGCUGUGGCAGGAGAUCAUUUGCACUUAAAUAUAACUUUUAACCUGCAGCGUAAGCUGACCGUAGGAAUCAUCAGCCCAACGCUAUCCCUGAUGUAGGAAAACAAGGGAAAUACUUGUAUCCAAAUUUGCGUGACCCACAUUGGAGGAAUUGGAUGGCAGAACUGUUGCAGGUAGGACACUUCAAACUGUUUAUUGUGAGUGUAUAAAGCAAAUACAAGGAAGAACUAAGGCCAAAACUUAAAGGGCCUCAGAGCCACUACGCACGAAUUACACAAACUGAGAGUUGUGUCUGAGAGGUGUUCUGCGUUAGGAAAUAAAAACUAACCUGUCAGUGAAACAAUGACUGCUGUGAGGGACGUUGACUUAAAUAAAGAACUAAUGCUCAAAGCAAUAGUCUAAAACUUUCAUAUGGGUUCAAAGAGCAGAAUCAAGAAGCUUCCGCUUCAGCCACAUGGAUCUAACAAUUAAGAAAACCAGUGUGAAUGUGUGCCAGUGGAGAAUGCAGGGAGUUUUUUAUGUCAUUCUCUAUCUGUCAUGCACAGGCUAUAUUGGGAUAUCACUCAAAAGAGUCUUCUUUAAUUUCUACGUUAAUGGAAUCAGUCAAGCCCAGAAAGAUUCCUUUUAAAUACACCAGACCAUUAACUGUCUGAGAAUUUUAGGAGUUUAGUUACUAUGAUUGCAAGUUAAAGUUGCCUGUGGCUCCAGGAUCUACAGCUUGCACCUUCAUGUUAAAAAACCCACAGACAAAAGAUGGCAAGUUAUAGCCAAAAGAGAAAUUAGACGGAGUCAGUCCGAGGAGUGACUGAGUCAUGGCAGGGUUGUGUGCUCUGCUCUUGCUUUGACAGCGUGUCCUUCUCUGGGUGCCAGGUCUGUUGAGAUGACGUGUCUGAAGGGCACACAACUAACGCCCCCUUCCUCCUGUCAGGCUAAUUUCUUCUUUCUUUCAGUGCGUCGGUUUCCCAUCUCAGACAUUACGAGCACACAGAGCUGCCACGGCUGGCCCAGCACUGCCUGAAUUUGCCCCUGGCCUUGCACCCACAGCAAAACUGCUCGGGAGAACGGGGAAAUGUCACUAAUGAAGUGAAUGGUGCUGAGCUUCACCCUCUGCACUUUCUUACCAUCCUCUGUGGGCACCUCUCCCUGUAAUUUUUCCUUCUUCCUUUGCCUGCCUACAGACAGAAUUUGGGUUUGGUUUACUUUGGUGCUGCCUUCUUUGGUCUGUGGGUGUUUCAGUUGUCAGCUGGGCUUUCCUCCAGUGACAGGAGUUGGCUUAGGUCUUCCCUUCACAGCUUCUGGUUCCUCCAUUUGGGGGUGCUUUCCCCAGAGCUGGGCUCUUUGAAGUCUUUCUGUCCCACUGACAGCUGGGGAGUGACGUGAAUAUGAGCCAAAGCCUCCCACAGCCUGAGCUUCCCUGGCUUUCACCUAAAGUUGAGUUGCUCUAAAGGUAACUUUGGAUAUCUCGGAGGAAGCUGCCUGCCCUGUCAGUUCCACUCUGUAGAAAAACCCAGGUCCCAGCAGAGUGCAAGAAGCAAUGUCCACUGCUCCCUACGUAGCAAAAUGGUUAUUCUUUCUUGGGUCUGUGGGUGUUUCAGUUGUCGGCUGGGUGUUCCUCUCAGUGCAGAAAGUGCCUAUGGGACCAGCUGAGAGCACAGACCUGACAUUUGAGGGGAGCACAUAUUCUUGGCAACUAACCCUAUGCCCAGAAUGGAGCCAGCCCUUAAAUGCUAACUCCUCAUAGUCGAAGGCUUGGUCACUGUCCCAAACAAUGCCACUUGGAGAGCGCUGACACUGCACACUCCCACUACAGUCGUUGCCUUCUUACUUUGCUCAGCUCAGCCUGUUCUACAGUUACACCCUUCGAUCCAGCAGCUCUCCAGCAGUUCCCAAGAGACUCUUUGAGUAACUGGCUGAAGCACCGUCAUGUGACUACAGCUCUGACAGUCUGUCUGCUUGAUUCCUCCCAGAUGGAGUCAACAGAGGAAACAGAAUCAGGAAACCACACUCUGCUGACUGAAUUUGUCCUCUCUGGAUUGUCCAGCCGCCCAGAACUGCAGCACUUGCUCUUCUUCACAUUCUGCUUAGUUUACACCAUGACUGUCGUUGGGAACCUUCUCAUCUGCGUGGCCACGGUGCACCCCACCCUCUGCACGUCCAUGUACUUCUUCCUCCGGGUCCUGGCCUUCCUGGAUGUUUCCACAGCAUUGACUGUUGUCCCCAAGAUGCUGGUAAGUUUCAUGUCAGAGGACAGGAGCAUCCUCUACAUGGGCUGUGCCACGCAGCUCUACUGUGUGAUUUUUUUCGGAGCCACUGAAUGGUACCUUUUGGCAGCCAUGGCCUAUGACCGUUACGUGGCCAUUUGCAACCCCCUGAGAUACACUGUCAUCAUGAAUGCCAGAGUCUGCCUUUCCUUGGUCCUGCUGUCCUGCUGCAGUGGCAAUGUUGUGUCUGUGGUGCAGACAGCUUGGGUGUUCACGAUGCCCUUUUGUGGGCCCAGGAGGAUUAACCACUUCUUCUGUGACAUUCCCCCGCUCAUCCUGCUCUCCUGCAAUGACACCUCGCUGUAUGAAAAGCAGAUGGUUGCAGCCACAGUGCUGGCCAUCUUCACGCCAUUCUGCCUCAUCCUGGUGUCCUAUGCCUGCAUCAUCUCCAGCAUCCUGAAGAUUUCCUCUGCAGAGAGCAGACACAAGACCUUCUCCACCUGCUCCUCACACCUUAUUGUUGUAAUAUUGUACUGUGCAAGUGGAACCUUGAAUUACUUACGACCGAAUUCCCGUAAUUCACAAGACACUAAGAAAGUUGUUGCUGUCAUAUACACAACCAUAAUUCCCAUGUUAAACCCCCUGAUUUACAGCCUGAGGAAUAAAGAAGUGAGAGAAGUACUAAUCGUAACUAUGGCUGUGUUGGUGAAGAAAUAAGUCUGU